AUGGCCAAAUGGGGAGAAGGAGAUCCACGAUGGAUUGUUGAAGAAAGAGCUGAUGGAACGAAUGUUAACAAUUGGCACUGGACUGCUAAAAAUGCUACUGGAUGGUCGAAAGGUGAACUUAACAAACUUCUUACUGGAAUUGAAGUCUCAAAAGGACCAAUUGUUAUUAAAUUUGAGGAGAUAAAAAGUAUUGAAGGUGAAGCCUCGGCUAAUAACAGAAAGGCGAAACUUAUUUUUUUAUAUGAAUGGGUUGUUAAAGUUUCUUUUGUUGCCCGUGUUGCUGGAUUUGAAUCUGAAUAUAAAGGUUGUAUUGAAAUCCCUAAUUUAUCUGAUGAAAAUGAUGCUGAUGAGAUAGACGUCCAAACAACAAUUGAAACACGUGGUCCACAUGAAGCUGAAAUUAGAAGUAUUAUGAGUCGUGAGGGAACUAAACUUAUUCAAGAUCAAUGUGGAAAAUAUAUAAAAAAUUUGAAGGAAGAAUUCAGUAAAGGGUUGAUCCUCCCAACAAAUUCAGUAAAGCCUCAAGUUAUUUCCAGUGGGAAAACAACAAUUGUUGAUAAGAAAUCUUUCCAGAAUACAAUUGUUGAAUCAAAAAGUGAGGUUAAAGAAGAGAAACCUGCAGGACCAGUUAACACUACAACUUUUGAAACAAAAUAUUCAUUCAAAGUUUCUCCAGACGUUCUUUUUAAACUUGUCUUUGAGAAAGAUAACGUAGCUAAAUGGUCUAAUUCUCAACCGAAAGUGUAUUUAUUUGAGGAAGGUGGAGAAUUUUCACUUAUGGGUGGGCAAAUAAGCGGUAAAUUUGUUAACAUUGUUGAAAACAAAGAAGUUAAAUUAAAAUGGAGACUGAAAUCGUAUCCUGUUGGUCACUUUGCUGAUGUUUCAAUUAUGAUUGAUGAUCAGAGGGAUUCUUCUGACCUUAUAAUAAAGGCAGAAAGUGUUCCUAAGAAUAACUUUGAGGACACAAAAAUUGGUUUUGAACGUUAUUAUUGUCAAUUUUUGGGAAGAACUUUUAUGUGUGCAUUAACACUUGAAUAG